CUCUCCACGGCAGUUGGUCACACUUAUACAGCAGGCGUUCGUCGUUAUAUUAAAUUAAUAACCUAUGGCGAGUUACGCCAGGUGUUUUCUUGUAAAGUUUAAACGAUAACCAUCUGAUACAAAAUUUAUGUUUUCGACAAAUUCUUUUUUUGUUUGCUACCCCAAAUCCGACGUGCAAAACUUACACACCUACAGCAGCCGAAAACAGCGCAGCUACCCAUACCGAUGUAGAAGUGUACGGCCAUAAAUUGAAGUAAUCUUUUUCGCGAACGCCACCGGCAGUGCAGAGCGGUUAAAGAGCGCCGCAUAUAUGCUGGAAGAGCCGUCAACACCGUCAGAGUAUACCCAGAAGUUGUCCAGUUGAACCAGUGACACACGCCUCCAACAGCAACAGCAACACUCCUAAGGCAUCCCUCGCAACGCUUCCAAAUCCCUCAACCACCAACACAUCUGUCACCCCCCUCUCCCUUCCUCCCGAGAUCCUCCGGAUAACGGAGGAGCCGCCAAAUUCAGCACCAUUCAAGUGCCGAGUAAGAUGGAAAUAGAAACAGACCACUCGAUCGAAGCAAUGGACACCCAGGACACCCAAGAGGUCGAGAUUAUCACCAGCGACCUCCAACAGCAGCAGCAGCAACAGCAACAGACUGCGCAGCAACAGCAGCAGCAGCAGCAGAACUCGCCACCGCAACUGCCGAAAUUCAAGAACCUGAUCCAUCCGCAGCUGCACGCCGCGGGAGCAAUAACUCAGCUGCCCAGCGAGAACGGCAACGUGCCGCCACAGCAGCUACUCGCCGACAGCAGUUCGACGACAUUUGCCGGCAAUAACGAUUCGGUGGAGGCCAUGGGCAUGGACGAUGAAACGAAGGAGGACCAGUUCCGAUCGGAGACGACAUUCUCCUUCACGGUGGAGAAUGUUGGGCAGCUAAAGAGCCAGCGGUUGUCGCCGCCCGUCUAUGUGCGAAUGCUGCCAUGGAAGAUAAUGGUUAUACCCAAUGAGCGGGCACUGGGCUUCUUCCUGCAGUGCAACGGGGAGAACGAUUCGCCGUCAUGGUCGUGCAAUGCCAUUGCCGAGCUGCGGCUCAAGUGUCACAAGCCGGACGCCCAGCCCUUCUCGCGGCAGCGCAUCAAGCAUUUGUUUUAUUCGAAGGAGAACGACUACGGUUACUCGAACUUCAUAACCUGGCAGGAGCUGCAGGAUGCGGACAAGAGUUAUGUGCACAACAACAGCAUCACGCUGGAAGUACAUGUCAUUGCCGAUGCCCCGCACGGCGUCCUCUGGGAUUCGAAGAAGCACACCGGCUAUGUGGGGCUCAAGAAUCAGGGCGCAACCUGUUACAUGAACUCGCUGCUCCAGACGCUGUACUUCACCAACUCCUUGCGGCUGGCCGUCUAUCGUAUUCCCACGGAGGCCGAUGAUAGCACCAAAUCGGUGGGUCUAUCGCUGCAGCGGGUCUUCCACGAACUGCAGUUCGGUGAUCGUCCGGUGGGCACCAAGAAGCUAACCAAAUCAUUUGGCUGGGAGACGCUCGACUCGUUCAUGCAGCACGAUGUGCAGGAGUUCCUGCGCGUUCUCCUCGACAAGCUGGAGUCGAAGAUGAAGGGUACGUGCCUGGAGGGCACCAUACCCGGCCUGUUCGAGGGCAAAAUGUCCUCGUACAUCAAGUGCAAGAAUGUGGACUACAACAGCACACGCUACGAGACCUUCUACGACAUUCAGUUGAAUAUCAAGGAUAAGAAGAACAUUUACGAGUCCUUCCAGGACUAUGUGGCCUCCGAGACGUUGGAGGGCGACAACAAAUACGAUGCCGGAGUGCAUGGCCUGCAGGAGGCCAGCAAGGGCGUCAUCUUCACUUCAUUCCCGCCCGUCCUUCAUCUGCAUUUGAUGCGUUUCCAAUACGAUCCCAUCACGGAUAGCUCGAUCAAGUACAAUGAUCGCUUCGAGUUCUAUGAGCAGAUCAAUUUGGAUCGGUAUUUGGCCGAGGGCGAGAAGACAUCGGCGGAUUAUGUGCUGCACGCGGUGCUGGUGCAUUCAGGUGACAACCAUGGCGGUCACUAUGUGGUCUUCAUCAAUCCAAAGGCGGACGGACGUUGGUUUAAGUUUGACGACGAUGUGGUCUCCAGCUGCCGCAAGCAAGAGGCCAUUGAACAGAAUUACGGCGGCAUGGAUGAUGAGAUAUCGUUCCAUGCCAAGUGCAGCAAUGCCUACAUGCUGGUCUACAUCAGACAGUCGGAGCUGGAUCGUGUCCUGGGCGACAUACCCGAGAGCGAGAUCUCGAGUGAUCUUGUCGAACGACUCGAUCUGGAGAAGCGCAUCGAGAUGGCGAGACGCAAGGAGCGCAGCGAGGCCAAUCUUUAUGUGUCCGUGCACGUUAUACUCGAGGAGUACUUUGAGGGCCAGCAGAAGCGUCGUCUCUUUGAUCUGGAGAAGACCCACCAGCGGCCGUUUAAGCUCAAGCAGAACCAAACCGUCGACGAGCUGGUGGAUAUGUUUGUCAAGGGAUUUGGCGUGUCGCGGGAUCGCAUGCGGAUGUGGAACAUGUGCACAGCCCAAACGCAGAAGUUUCUGCACUUCGACUUCGAGGCGGAGAGCUCGCGCACCAUUGAGCAGAUACCCACGUCGCAGAAGCCCUGGGUCAUCUUCCUGGAGCUGGCCUCGCCCGAAAAUCCUGCUCCCCUGCCGCCCUUCAAUCCCAAGACAGAUGUCCUCCUGUUCCUCAAGUACUACGAUGCGCGAAACAAGCGGCUCAACUACAUCGGAUGCACACAGCAGCCGCAGAGCCGGCGUUUGAUCGACCUGGUGCCGGAGGUCAACAAGAAGCUGGGCUUCGAGCCGGACACCGAACUGACCAUCUUCGACGAGUACGCCGACAAGAAGGUGGCCAAUCUGAACGAGCCGAUCGACAGUGUUCUCUUCAUACCGCAGGAUCACCUGCAGGGUCCCAUUCUCAUCUUUGAGCGCGAGACCGUCGAUGCUAGGCUGGACCUGCCCACAGUGGAGGACUACUUCCUCGAUCUGGUCUACCGCAUCGAGAUCAUCUUCAGUGACAAAUGCAACCCCAACGAGCCGGACUUUACGCUGGAGCUCUCCAAUCGCUACAACUACGAUCAGCUAACCAAUGCGGUGGCCGAGCGCCUCAAUACCGAUCCCCAGAAGCUGCAAUUCUUUAUGUGCAUCAACAACUACAAGGAGACGGCGGGCAAUGCGGUGCCCUACACAUUCAAGGGCACCAUCAAGGAUCUGGUGGCAUACAACAAGGCGAGCACACCAAAACGGAUCUUUUACCAGCGAUUGUCGCUCAGCAUCCACGAGCUGGACAACAAGAAGCAGUUCAAGUGCGUCUGGGUGAGCAGCGACCUCAAGGAGGAGAAGGAGCUGGUGCUGUAUCCCAACAAAAACGACACAGUCAAGGGACUGCUGGACGAGGCGGCCAAGAAGAUAACGUUUGCGGAGAACAGUCGUCGAAAGUUACGGCUUUUAAAGGUCAGCAAUCACAAGAUAGUGGCGAUUUGUAAGGAUGAAAUAGCAUUGGAUACGCUGCUAAAGACCACCGAAUCGAUAUCGACGACGCAGGGCGCCCAGAAGAUCUAUCGCAUCGAGGAGGUGCCGGCGGACGAGAUGCAGCUGGCGGAGAACGAGUAUCUCAUACCGGUGGCCCAUUUCAGCAAGGAGCUGUACAACUCAUUUGGCGUACCAUUCCUCGCCAAGGCGCGUCAGGGCGAGCAGUAUGGUAUGUUGAAGCAACGCAUCCAGAAGCGCCUGAAUGUCCCGGACAAGGAGUGGGAGAACUACAAGUUCUGCGUCAUCACCAUGGGCCACAACGCGGAAGUGAACGACAAUACGACCGUGGACCUGGAUGUGUACCGAUGCUGGACCAGCGGCCAGUUGCCCUUCUUUGGGCUGGAUCACAUUAACAAAUCGCGCAAGCGCAGCUCGCUCAACUUCUCCGAGAAGGCCAUCAAGAUUUAUAAUUAGAAUGGAAAGAAAACAAAGAAGCUGAAACGGAUUGAGACAAAGUUGAAAGCGAGGGAAGCAAAAGAGGAGCAGCUGCAGCAGGAGCGACUCUGGGAGAUGGGAAAUAUGGGUUGGAUCACCAGGCCAGUCUCCUCUCCGGGUGUACAGUUUAACCACCAAGGGUAGCAACAGCUCGAAAUUUGAACAAGUGUCACGCGUCUCGGCCUCCCCUACUAUAUAUUUUAAAUAUAAAAGUUUUGUUUAAUCUUACGGCUAAGUCA